UAUCAACACAUCGCUAAGCAGAUAAAAUGUUCAAAGUGCAAAUAUUGAGAGUGUUGGGAAAUCGGCGACUGUUGAAGAAAGAACGGUAGCAGAGUACAAGAGGGAACUUUCUCGAACAACAGGAGAGGAAGCGACAACGUCGACUACUGGACGCUGUUUUCAAGAAGAUCAUCUUCUCCCUGAGCAGCAGGAGUGGUCAUCCAGUAUGGAACAGGAGGAGCCACAGCCCCUUCAAAUUAAAGAGGAGGAGGAGCCACAAGCCCCUUAUUUUAAAAUGGAAGAAGAGAAGCCAAUGCGUCCUCAAUUUAAAGAGGAAAUGGAGGAGCAACAUCCACCCUUCAUUAAAGAAGAGGAGUUACAGCCUCCUUGCAUUGAGAAAGAUGAGGUGCCACACUCCCCUGCAGGAAAGAGGAAGAGGAGGACCCGCAAAGGUGGAAGUGAUGAGAAGGAAGAGGUGGAGCCUCCAACUCCACACAUGACAACAGAAGCUGAUGGAGACCACAAGCUCUUAGCUCCACUAUCAGAUAGUGACGACAUGACGUCACACUCUCCUGACACUGAUGGUGAAGAAGAUGAUGAAGACCCUCAAGUUGACAGGACCUGUCACACUGACAACACAGGCUUGAAAUGCUCUUACUGUGACAAAACCUUUAACCAGCGUGGUCGCCUUAACGUGCACACGAGAAUACACACUGGAGAAAAACCAUUCAUGUGCUCAGUUUGUAGUAAAAGAUUUUCCCAGAAAUCUAAUUUGACAAGACACGUAAGUGUACACAGUGCGGAAAAACCAUUUAUAUGUUCAGUCUGUGGCAAACGUUUUGUGCGAAAUCAAGAUGUGAAGUCACACAUGAGGGUGCACGCCGCAGACAAACCGUUUAUAUGUUCGGUCUGUGGCAAAGGUUUUGUGCAAAAUCACAAUUUGAAGCUACACCUGAGAACACACACUGGGGAAAAACCGUUCGUGUGCUCAGUUUGUAGUAAAAGAUUCUCACAGAAAGGGAGUUUAAUAAUACACACAAGAAUGCACACCGGGGAAAAACCUUUCAUGUGCUCAGUUUGUAGCGAAGGAUUCUCCCGCAAAGCAAAGUUGAUACAGCACACAAAAAUGCACUCUGGGAAUUACAAACAUUUUAUUUGCUCAGUCUGUGGUAAAGGUUUCGUGCGGAAUUGGGAAUUGAAAUUACACACGAGAACACACACUGGACACAGACCCUUUAUAUGUUCAGUCUGCGGUAAAGGUUUUACACAAAAUUGCGAUUUGAAAAUACACACGAGAACGCACACUGGAGAAAAACCAUUCAUGUGCUCAGUUUGUAGUAAAAGAUUCUCCCAGGAAGCGAGUUUGCGAAAACACGUCACAAUGCACACAGGUGAGAAACCUUUUAUGUGUUCCGUGUGCGGUAAAGGUUUCACACAAACUUGGGACUUGAAAAGGCACACGAGAACACACACCGGAGAGAAAGUGUUGAGUUGCAGUGUGUGUGAUGAAAGAUUCACUUAUGAGUACCAGUGUAAGAAACACAAGUGUGCUGGUGAGAACAGCAGCAGCAAAUGAAGCGGCAGGAUUUAAAAAACUGUCCAAACUUGUACUUUGACUUGCUAACAUCACCAAAUAUAUCCUGUGUGACAUCAUUGAUGUGUGUGUAACACAAUCUUGUUAAUAAGCUUCUAACAUUUAGAGAUUAUAUUUAUUUUGGAUUAGUGGUGUUAUUUCCAUCAAGUAUGUGCAUUCGGAAAAUAAAAUUAAAUAGCACUUUUUGUUAACAGUAGAAAAGAAAGUCAUACAUAAAAGAGAUGGAGAAGUAAGAAAAAGAGUAGAAAAUACCACAAUUUUGACUGCAAUACUCGAUGAUGAAAUCAAUGAAAUCUCAUCAAAUAUACAACAUAAGGUGGCAAAGGUUUUUCAAUAAUGAAAUAACAUGUUUUACAUGAGAAAUCUCUUCAUAAUCUCUACUGCCCGCUAGUGUUGCCAUAUCUGUGCUACGGUGUAGAAAUAUGGGGAAAUAACUACAAAAUGACGCUUCAUUUACUAACCGCGUUACAAAGCUGGUUGGUUAGAAUAAUAUUGGAUAUAGAAAAUCUUCGAAGCCUUUGUUUAAUUAAUUAAAUAAAAUUGAAAUUCAAGGCUAAAAUUAUGCACAAAGCAAACUAUAACUUGCUACCCAAGAAUAUACAAUCAUUAUUUUCAACAAAAGUGGGAGAAAUUAACACAAAACAAAUUUAACUUAAGCAUUUGUAUGCACGUACAACACUUAAAACCUUCAGUAUACAGAAUUCAAAUUUGGAAUAGAUUAUUAAACAAUGUCCGAAUAUGAUUCAGUUUCAAAAAGUGUUUAAACUCCCAAGCAUUUACAAGGUGAAAGGAAGAAGAAUUCUGAUGAACAUCUUGAACGUUAUUAAAAAUUAAAUGAUAUUCUUCUUAUGAAAAUAUUAACAGACUUAACCAUUUAUCUAAGAACUAUUGAAUUGAUGUAUAUUCCGUCCUACUUGUGCGUGACGUAAACAAGUCGACAGAUAGUUAAAAUGAAGAUCCCAAGAAAAAGGAAGAAAGAGUCUUUUAUCUUUAAGAAGCUUCAGGGGUUUUUCACAGAGAAUACACUUUUCUUUCCCUCUUGUCUAAUUGGUCAUUUCUUUCUUUUCUCUUUUCCUGGUUUUUGUUUCGUUUACUUUUCUUGUACAACUGUAUAAAGAGACACAAAAUAUAUGUCAAAUAAACAUUACUAAGUAACUGGAUGAGGCACUUCCUGAAGGAAAUGCGUGUGAAUGCUCCAAUGCUGAAGUUGAACUGGAAUGCAGACAUAAUGUAGUAUGAAUGUAAGAAUAGUUUGAAUGUUGAAGAGUUUGAAUUUCCAGGAAAACCAGAAUUUGAUUUGCAACUUGGGAAGGUGUUAGUUUGAAUGUCCAGGAUGAGCGGAAUGUGUUGAUGUUGGAAUGGUUUG